CAGAACUACUUCUACUUUUAUCUCAAAAGCAAGUAUUAUUCAAAUACCAGAGAACUAUAAAAGAGCAAGAAGUCUGGACAAAUCCCGCACCACCCUCAACCUCCAAAUCUCACACACAUAAAACAUAAUAUGGUCGUAAACUCAAGUAGGGUAGAAAAUUACCCGAGUCAGGCAGCACCAUUUGGAUGGAAUGAACUCACUGCAAAUGCUGCAGCAACAAUGGAAAUACACAGAGUCUGUCUGCCACCAUCCAGAACCACCAUGCAGAAACUUAGGCAUCACCUUGCUGAGAUCUUCUUCCCUGAUGACCCAUUGCACAAGUUUAAGAAUCAGACUUGGGUCAGGAAGCUGGUCCUGGGGCUUCAGUAUUUCUUCCCCAUUUUCCAGUGGGUGCACAAUUACAACUUCCACUUAUUCAAGUCUGAUGUUGUCUCUGGUCUUACCAUUGCAAGUCUUGCAAUUCCCCAGGGGAUUAGUUAUGCAAAGCUAGCAAAUCUUCCGCCAAUUAUUGGACUCUACUCCAGUUUUGUGCCACCUCUUAUAUACUCUGUUCUUGGAAGUUCUCGGCAUCUUGCUGUUGGACCUGUGUCUAUAGCUUCGCUUGUAAUGGGUACAAUGCUCAGCGGAGCAGUAUCCAGUGCAAAAGAACCAACUCUUUACCUUAAACUGGCCUUCACCGCUACAUUUUUUGCAGGCGUAUUUCAGGCUUCCCUGGGCUUUCUAAGAUUGGGCUUCCUCAUUGACUUUCUCUCAAAGGCAACUCUAGUUGGCUUCAUGGCCGGAGCUGCUAUCAUUGUUUCAUUGCAACAGCUAAAAGGGCUACUCGGGAUCACCCAUUUCACGGGAAAGAUGCAGCUAAUGCCUGUGUUAUCUUCUGUCUUCCAUCACAAAGAUGAGUGGUCUUGGCAUACAAUAGUCAUUGGAGUUGCCUUUCUACUCUUGUUAUUGACGACAAGGCAAAUUAGCAUGAGAAAGCCAAAACUAUUUUGGAUCUCAGCAAUUACCCCAUUAGCAUCAGUAGUCCUGUCAACCGUACUCGUUUUCUGCAUCCAGUCCAAAGUACAUGACAUUCAUAUGAUUGGCCACUUGCCCGAGGGACUCAAUCCAUCAUCUGCAAACAUGCUUUUCUUCAGUGGCUUUCAUCUGGCACUUGCUGUUAAAACUGGUAUCAUCACUGGAAUACUUUCUCUCACGGAAGGAAUUGCAGUGGGGAGGACAUUUGCAGCCCUGAAAAACUAUCAGGUUGAUGGAAACAAAGAAAUGAUGGCGAUUGGGAUAAUGAACAUGGCAGGAUCCUGUUCUUCAUGCUAUGUCACCACAGGUAAGGCACCCUUGUGUCCACAUUUUCAAGAUGGGAAGAUAACCAUUACAGUGCUGAAACUCUUCUGCUCUCCAGGAUCAUUUUCGCGAUCUGCGGUGAACUACAAUGCUGGAGCACAAACUGUGAUGUCCAAUAUAAUAAUGGCUGCAGUAGUCCUCGUGACUCUGCUGUUCCUCAUGCCGCUCUUUCGGUACACUCCUGAUCUCAUCCUGGCAGCAAUCAUCAUUACAGCUGUCAUUGGCCUGAUUGAUUACCGGGCAGCAUACAGGCUCUGGAAAGUCGAUAAGCUUGACUUUGUAGCCUGCCUGUGUUCCUUUCUUGGUGUUCUGUUUAUCUCAGUGCCCAUUGGUCUUGCCAUAGCUGUUGGAAUCUCAAUCUUCAAGAUUCUGCUGAAUGUCACACGACCAAACAUUGUUGCUUUGGGAAAUAUUCCAGGAACUCAGACAUAUCAAAACCUCAGCAGAUACAAACAAGCAGUUACCAUUCCAUCUUUUCUUAUCCUCUCCAUCGAGGCUCCUAUUUAUUUCGCAAAUUCAACUUACCUGCAUGAAAGAGUAUUGAGAUGGAUCAGGGAAGAGGAAGAGCGGGUGGCAUCAAACAACACAAGCAAUCUCAAGUGUGUUAUUCUUGAUAUGACAGCUGUGACAGCAAUAGACACGAGUGGAAUUGAUAUGAUCAGUGAGCUCAGAAAGACACUCGAACAAAGAUCUCUGAAGCUUGUACUGACAAACCCUGUCGGAAGUGUCAUGGAAACACUGCACCAAGCUGACAUUUUGGAGUCAUUUGGAAUAGAAGGGCUGUAUUUGACAGCUGAAGAAGCAAUUGCUGACAUUUCAUCUUCAUGGAAGGCUCAACCAUGACACCACUUCAGUGUAAGCUGUAGGCAGUUCAUGGAAGGCUCAACCAUGAAGAUUUUGAGAGCUCGCCCACUUCUGUGUAAGCCGUAGGCUGCGUUUUUGUCCCUGUUUGCCUUGCUAGCAGCUAUAGAAGAUCAGUGCAAUAUAUCUAUAUAUAAUGUUAAAUGUAAGAACUCUUUCCUGUAAGAGUUUCGGUAAUCAUUAAUCAAAUUAUUUCAGACUCUUCCACCUAU